CAAUAGCCCGGAUCUCUUUAAGACAAUUAAAACAAAGACCGAAGGCCACGAUAAGUUCAUUAACAAAGUCUCCACUUAACAUCAUCCCUGAUGAACACCUUCAAAGAGCUGGCCUGGGCUGGUCUGCUGGUUCUGGGACUGUCCCGCACGCCGCCUAUCCAUUCUGCCCUCUUGCCCUCCUUCUCUCCCACCUGAUUCUGCUCCCUCCCCUCCCCCUCUCUUCUCGCCCAAUUUCCCUUCGCUCAACCUCUUGCUGGGCUUCUGUGAUCCUGGCCCCUUUGUCUGUUUUUCAAAAGUUAAUUGUGACCUGAUAGAAAUCAUGGGCCAGACCUUGUCAGAGCCUGUCGUUGAUAAGACUUCGUCGGAAGGUCAAGAUGAAUGCUGUAUAUACGGCGUUUCGGCGAUGCAGGGCUGGCGAAUCAGCAUGGAGGAUGCCCAUGCCGCCGUCCUAGAUCUCCAAGCGAAAGAAACCGGCUCAAAUGACAAGCCCACCGAUCCUGAUAAGCGCCUUGCUUUCUUCGGAGUAUACGAUGGCCACGGUGGAGAUAAAGUCGCCUUAUUCGCGGGGGAGAAUGUUCACAAGAUUGUCGCAAAACAGGAAACGUUCUCAAAAGGCGAUGUCGAGCAGGCUUUGAAGGAUGGCUUUCUCGCUACCGAUCGAGCUAUCUUGGAAGAUCCCAAAUAUGAGGAGGAAGUCUCCGGCUGCACUGCGGCCGUGAGUGUGAUUUCGAAACAUAAAAUUUGGGUGGCAAAUGCUGGUGAUUCACGUUCCGUUUUGGGUGUCAAGGGUCGCGCAAAGCCUCUUUCGUUCGAUCACAAGCCGCAGAAUGAAGGCGAGAAAGCUCGGAUUAGCGCCGCAGGUGGUUUCGUUGACUUCGGUCGUGUCAACGGCAAUCUCGCCCUGUCGCGUGCCAUUGGAGAUUUCGAGUUCAAGAAAAGCCCUGAAUUGUCUCCUGAACAACAGAUUGUUACUGCUUAUCCGGAUGUCACGGUCCAUGAUCUCUCCGACGACGAUGAGUUUUUAGUAAUUGCUUGCGAUGGCAUCUGGGAUUGCCAGUCUUCCCAGGCUGUAGUUGAAUUUGUUCGCCGCGGUAUUGCGGCCAAGCAGGACCUUUACCGGAUCUGUGAAAACAUGAUGGACAACUGCCUCGCCUCCAACAGUGAAACCGGCGGAGUCGGCUGUGACAACAUGACAAUGGUUAUCAUAGGUCUUCUCAACGGUAGAUCCAAGGAGGAGUGGUAUAACCAGAUUGCGGAGCGGGUUGCUAACGGCGAUGGCCCUUGUGCUCCGCCUGAGUACGCUGAAUUUCGAGGACCGGGAAUUCGUAACCAAUUCGAAGAAAACCCCGAUGAGUACGAGCUCGACCAUGAUCGAACCCGCCCAUUCAGCAACGACGAGGAACUCUUUGACCAUACCGAGGAAGACCAGGAUAUCUCGAAUCAAGUGCAGCGCCAGGAUUCGGAUACAGAAAGGAAUGAACGCGAAGGGACCCCUGGGCCUCAGUCUGGAAACGCCCAGACGGAUACGUCUGCUUCCAGCGCUCCAGAGACUUCGACCAGUACCGGAACACCGCAGAAACCCGCAUCUUCGUAGCCCUGCCAUGAAAUUUACGCCUGAUUCCCUUCCUUUUGGUUCUUGAAACGACUUUCGUGUGAUGUACGACCCCACACCCGCCGCCGCCUUCACUCCCGGAUCUGAAGUCUCACGUUUCUACCCUCUCUAACGUCGCUUAUUGAGUUCCUAUUUCUUAUGAAUGACCGGCUCUUUGGUGGUGAUGGCUGAGGGGGAAGAUGCGAAAAGAGACGGACUAUUUGAUCCCCUUCUAUCUCUUGUUUUUU